GUUAGUGUUGAUGGCGCGCAAGCAGAGGGCGGUGAUCCACCAUCACUCUGAUGGCGUCUGCAUCCCUCCUCCACCUGUCAACCUUAUAUCCUCACGUUCACCUCCUCCACGCACAUCCACCACCACUCUACUCCACCGAGUGAUGCUAUUGCUACUCAGGAGUAUGGCCCAGGCUGUCAAUGGACCGACAAUUUGUAAGACAGCGCGCCAUAGGUCAGCCACUUCCCCGGUCAACAUCCCUACAGCUGAGGUAUGAACGCGAGAGGUUGGAACUGCAAAAAAGGGUCACUGAGCGGCUGGUGUCUGAUGUGUUUGGUUUAUAUGAAAAGUCACUGUUUGUGGACUUGAAGCUUGAAGCAUCACGAGGCAACGUUUACUGUCACCAGUUGUUCUUUGCUGCACGUGUUCCAGUGCUCUGGCACCUGCUUCUAGAGAUUGCUAAAUUUCAGCGUCCUAACAAGAAUAAGAAGCCUAAUGAGAAUUUUGUUUGUAUCCAGCUGCCUGAAGUAGAGUACAAGGAGCUUCAAAAAUUUACUCGGAGCUUGUACAGCAACCAGAGCAACUUAACAGCUGGUGUGGCACUAAGACAAAAAUUAGAGGACAUCCUGGCUGUCCUUCAGCAGAGGGCACUGCUCUGUAGCAAUAAGAUACGAAUUGAGAGACUGAGCAGUGACGAGGAACACCAAGUUCAGCAGCUGAUCCUCAAACAGCUUCAAAAAGGGCAAUUAAGUAAGAGAAAGGGUAACAUACAAGACGUGGAACAGUUCAUCAGCAGCAAUGGUGUGCAUUGUACAUACAAGACGUGCACCCUAUCAGAUACAGAUUCUAAUAGCACCACAACCCUGAAGCCACAAGCAAUAAGAAAUAGUUUAAAUACAUCAAAGUCUGUAAGGCCAAAAUCUAGUCGAAAGGUUUGUGCUCAAAAACCUAAGUCAUUGGGAUACACAAUGAACAUUACAAACCAUACAGUUGUAAAUAUAAACAAAUGUGAAAUAAAGGAAAAACAAAAGGGUGGAGUGAGUGACAAAGCUGGAGGUAAUUGCGAUAGUAAUGUAGAGGAUGAUGUUGGCAGUUAUGCAGCAUUUAAAAAGAAAGGAAAAAUUUCCUUGAAAACUUCCCAGCCCACAAAACGGGCCUCUAAUAAUGAUCAUUCUCCCAGUGGACAAUUAUCUAAUCAGCAGUCUCCAGUCUUUAAUGUAUCUAUGAUUAAGGAAUUACAAACAUCUCCUAUGCAAGUCAGUGGGGAAUCUUUUCAGGAUAAAUUGAAAGACAAGCGGGAGCGUUCACCUUCGUGUUCUCAGAGAGCUUCCACUUCAGAAUCUAUUCCUCUUGAGCCCAUUUGCAUCCAAGAUGAAAAGAAGAGUGUGCUGGUCUGUUCAAAUGGAGAUACUGGGCAGUUUUACCUGGAGAGUGUGAAAGCAAAAGAAAGCAAACCACAUAAAUACGGUGCCAUGUCUAGCACAAAAGAAAAUGCAUCCCUGCAUCAGGCUAAUGUUUUAGCAAAACAGCAACAGCAGCAUGUUCAGUCUGUGUCUACCUCAAAGGCAUAUUUACAACGAAAAAGUCAAUCAUUUGGUGCAGAAUCUCAAGAAAGUGCAGAGCUAGAUAAUACUAGUGCCAGUAACAGUGGGAGUGAUCAUAGGCUGAGUAAUCUACAUGAAACUUCUAGUCUUGAAGUAGAACUUCCUAGUAGCCAUGAAGAAAAUUCUAGUAGCCAUGAUUCUGAUGAGAGCCCAGAAGCCGUAUCAAAAAGAGCAGUGUCCAAAAACCCAGGCAAAGAAAGCAAUCUUGAUCUGCUAGAAGGAAAUGGGACCAAAUUUGAAGAACAAGAUAGUGCAACAACAGCUCCUGUUCAUCCCAUGAGACCACUGGUGAGAGCAAGAACUUAUGAAGUCCUUGAGGGAAUUGCCAGUGGACCUGACAAACCCUUGCAAGAACCAUCAGAGAAGAAGGAAGUAGAACCAGAAGGAUCUGCUACAAUAAAAAUGCAACAGGGGGCAUUGAGUGAAGUUCUUAGCCAUCACAGCUUUAGUAAUCCUAAAAGAAAUGUACGGACUCACGGUUUAGGGAAAGAAAACCCAGGUAAUGGAAAGGAAAGGAAAAUAUCUGAUGAAAGUAUAGCAUCCUCCUACUAUGAAAAUGUAGAUGAUCCAGAGAAGUUACGGGAGAUGGAAAGAAAAAAAGGUUCCUUGAUAUUUGAGCAUAAUUUCCAGACUUAUUCUAACAUUCCUACUACUAAUAUGAUGACUGCUAGCAUGAUGACAGCAAGUAUGAGUUCUGAAAGUGGUAGUAUGGGUGUGGGAUCCAUGUAUAGCAGUAUGAUGGACAGUGCUAUGAUGGGCAGUAUUCACUCUCUCGGUGCUCUGGAAGCACCUGUUGUUGAUCCUAUACCUCGUCCAGCGUCUGUUGGUCUUCCAGUUGUGCACUCUGUGGAAGAUGUUAACCCCGAAUUAACACGUGUUCUGAGUCGCCGUCCACCCCUAAGAGUUCAAAAGAGUACGGAUGAGAUGGCAUUAGAACUUCAGCAGGAGAUAGCCAAAAGAGGAGCAUCAACUCGAUCACCAUCGCCAGAUUCUCUGAGUGUUGACUUUGUAGCAAGGAGAGAAGCAGAAACUGUGAAUAAGGAAAAAUCCUCCAGAAAAUCAAGUAGAAAUUUAUCCUUAGAAACUAGCAGUUCAAGUAUCAAAAAGGAAGAGAUGGAUAAUGAAGAAAAAGAGCAAGAUGAUCGAGAGAAUGAAAGUAAAAGUAGUGAUUCUGGGCAUACUGAGGAGAAAUCUGAUAAAAAAGAAGUGACUGUUGAAGAUUCAUCCUAUAAAAUAUUGCCACAAAUUACAGGGAGCCCCAAAUUGAGCAGAGAGCUCUCUGAGAACACGCCCAUUAUCUCAGGUGGAUCGACUUUGAAAAGAGAGAAAGACACUGGAGAGAGAACAGCUGUCACUAAAUCUGAGCGCCAAAUUAGCAUUGGGUCAGUUAAGGAUGUAGAUUCCAUACCUCUUGUGUUUGGAUACAUUGGCCCACAAGAUGAAGAAGAGCAAAAAGAAAGUAAAGAUGAUAGUAAAGAAGCAUGUGUGGAAGGGGAAGAUGAAAAACAUCAGUCUAUCUUUCCAAUGUUUAUAGAUCUGAAUGAUAUCCCAACUCCUUGUGUAGAAGAUGUAAAAGAAAUAGAAAAAAAAGAAGCAUCGAAGGCCAAGAGUCAGUCAUCUGCGAUUUAUAUGUAUAUAGAAGCGGAUGCACCCUCUCCCAAAAGCAGAAGAAAGAGGAGGUCAGAAAGUGAUGGUGUGCCCAUCUCAAAAUCUGUUGAAUCUCAUCCAGAGGCAGAAUUCAGUUCGCUUCCACCAGUUCUUGCAGACCCAGAACUCCCUGUAGAAAGUAAACAAAACCCUGACAAUGUAAAAGUGGAAGCUAAUGGAGCAUCUGAUGGAGGGAAUAAAGAGAAGAAAGGUUUUUUUAUGUUUAUUGAAACAGAAUCAUCACCGAAGUUGGGCUCGCCAAAACCACGCCGACGUCCUGCACCACCCCCUUCCAAAAAGAAAAGUGAAAAUGCAAUGACCAGAUCAGCUCCAAGUGAUUCUCUCCUGUUUUCAACUCCAGAAAGUUCGAGCAGACUGAUGACAAAAUCAGUUAUUGAUAGAGAAGAAUUUAUUGCUCAGCCUCCAACAAGGAAGAAUGUGAGCCUUAACGACAAGAUUAACGAAUCGUCUACGUCAAGGGAUGGAUCAUUUGUAUCAGGCAUCCCAAGACCUAUUCAUGUUCUUAAGAAUAAACCAUCAUCAUCUAAAUCCAUUCCCAAAGCAAAACCUUCACCUCUCAAGAAAGAAGCUAGUUCUCAGAGAGAUCGUUCAGUUUCUCGGACUAAAGAUGAACAUACUUCAGAAACAAAUGACAUGGCCACAAGUCGAGAUAUUUCAGUAUCAGAACUUGGGCCCACUCAAAGUGUAUCUUUUAGUGAUAUUGUGUCAGCAAGUCUUCCUCAAGAAACUGAACCUUCUGAAGUGUCAGAUGUAAGCAGUCUUCUCAGCAGUAUUGAACGCUCAAUUGAGCCCUCGGAUCAGGGAAGCAAAGAACCUUGUUCAAGAUUGGGUGAAGAUUUGUUGCGCAUGUUCCUGAAUGAAAUUAAUACUGAUGUCACUAUACAGAUAGGCGAGAAGCGCAUCCGAGCCCAUAAGUGUAUUUUGGCUUCCCGGUGCGUGUAUUUCGCUGCCAUGCUGUCAGGACACUGGGUGGAAAGUGCUGGCAAUGUUAUCAAGUUACAGGGGUUCUCAGCUGAUUGUGUGAUGGUGGCACUAAAGCACAUUUAUAGUGGCACAAGUACAGUGCCUGAGGGGGUGAGAGUUGGGGAACUUGCAGCACUUGCUGAUAUGCUGGCACUUGAUGGACUUAAAGAUGUAAUUAGUUUACAUCUAAAAGCUAAAAUGUGUCAUUAUUUUCAUAAGCCAUGCUCAGGGUGUCUUGAAGGGGUGUUGGAUGUUUUACCCAUCGCCGGUGCUUAUUGUCUGGAUGACCUGUAUCACCGAUGUUUGCGUUGGGUAGCCAAGCACUUUGUUGUAGUGUUGCCAACCCGCAACUAUGCUGCUCUUCCUCCGGAGGUGCAGGACCGAUGCCUUAAACAGUUGCUGGAUGACAUGAGUGUGAGCAAUGUGAUAGAUACUGCCUUGGGAUGUGAACGGGUACUUUCAUCCUUACCAAUGGUGCGAUGGGCCCAACCUGUGUUUGACUCUGCAGCCCAACUACUGGAAGCAGCUACAAGCUUCAUAGCUGCUAACAUGAGUGGGGUCCUUACUUCUGACAGGUUCAUUGCCCUGGGACAUGAUAGUGGCUGGAGCAUAGAUAGUUUACAAGACACCAUGCGUGUUGCAUGUGAGUUGAUACGUCCUGACCAGGCUGUUCUCUCUCAUAUUCAACUGGCAAAAUACCUUGACCAGACUCAAGAUGAUGGACUAUCUGAAGUCUCUGAGGGAUUUCUUAAUUUCCUUGAAAAUUUGCUGAAUCAGAUAGAAAAGUUCAUGAUUCAUAAUGCCAACCGGGUAGCAGUUUGUCGCAAGUGGCCGUUGCUCUCUACUAGUACACAGCGUAGGAUUAAGGAUGCAGCUCUUGUAGUGGUUGAAUUUUCACGACCCACUGCCCCCAGACCUAGAUUCUCAUCUGCAAAUAGGAGAUUACGAGGUAGCAAUAGUGAUGGCAGUGGUACUCCUGGUCGAUCUGGAGACCAUAGGCUGAUGCGAAGUGCCAGUGCCACAGCUGUUCCAUCUUCUCAGAGAGUAGGUGUCCGGCGGCCACCUGCCUCUGGCCAAGAUCCCAUGCGUUGCCAGACUCCACCAGCUACCCUCUCCCGUCCUCGAACCCAGACACCACCACCAACACGAGCCUCGACUUUACGAGCACAAGCUAGGCAGGCAGCUAUACAGAGAUCACAGUCUGCUCGAACAGUAGCCGAGCGUCCUCGAAGACCAAGACAGGGAAAUGACACUUCAACAGACGAAGAUACCCAUUCUAGUAACAAACGAGCGACUCCGAUUGGGGGCUUCACCCGGGGGGCAACAUUUACCCGCUCGCUCUCUCGACCUGAACCGAAUCGACCAAAUCCCCAAACCCCAACCAGAGCACCAGCCCCUUCGUCUACGCAGCUAUGCACUUCAGGACUUCCAGAAGUCUCCCAGUUGCCCCGGAGAACCACAAUUAUUCAUCGCACACCAAGUCACACGACCACAGGUAGCUCUGCUUCUGAGGAUGAGUUGCCACUCAGAAAAUCCAGCACCACUCCACAAGUUCGCACUUUGGCAUCCCUAAACGAAGGGUCUGGAAAUGAAACUAAGCUUGCUCGGACACAGUCAACAGAAGUAAGAUCUCGAACACCCACCCGACGACCAGAGCUCCGUAGCAGUACCACAAAUCUCAGCAAGACAAAUCGUAGCCAACAAGAGGGUCAGCCAUCUCCACAGUGCCAAUCCGAUAGUGGUUCCCACACUCCCAGAACUCCCAAGGUUGACAAGACAGAGCCGAGGAGACCGAGUGAUCUCAAGAAUGGAAAUAUCACAAGAACAAGAGGAGCAGUCAUGGGGAGAAGAACUACUAGGUCUCCCAUGAGGGAGUCUGGACGUGUUGCUGGACUAGCAGCAGGAAAAGGUACUAGCCCAACACCCUCAUCCACUUUUGGUUCAGGACUAAUAGGGUGCAGAAGUAGAUCUUCCAGUGUAACAAGUAGACCAAUUGGUAGUACAGCUACACCCUCACCAGCUGUAGGCAGCCGCUCAAAUACAUUCUGUAAAGAUGACAGUAAAGGCUCUGGUAAAAAGGCAACUUCUACCUUAGAUUUGAAAUAAUAUAUUAAAUUUUGCCCAUCCAGUUUAGUUGAACUGAAAUAUACAAUAUUGGUAUGUUAAUUUCAAUGUUAUUUUGGGAAUGACACAUUUCCUAUACAUAAUUUAAAAAUUAGUUUGGAAGCCCAUAAUCACAAAAAAUAUUUGAAUAUGUUACUAGAUCAUAUUUUUCAACAGCAAGGUAUAAUUCUGUGCUGAAAUUAAAAAAAAAAAUGACCCAGGAAUUUUGCCAGUGAAAUCAGAAUACGUAUGUGGAUGUAUGCUAACUAUUUUGCCUCAGCAUUUAAGAGAAACAUAUGCAUUAGCAAGACAAUAUAAGCUCAGUAUUGUGCUCAGAAAAUUAUAAAGCUAUAACAAAUAAAUCUCGUCUCAAGUAUUAUUAUUAUCGAGGAGGAAGCGCUAAACCUGUAGGAUUAUACAGCGCCUGGGGGGGGGGGAUGUGGAAGGUAUUCAGGCUUAAUUCAGGGAACUGGAGCACAGAUCCAGUUCCCUAGAUCAAGAGCCCCUCACCAGCAUCAAGGAACCUUCCUUGAGGGGCAUCUAAAAGUAGAAUAUUUAUAUCUUGAGGGAAAUGCUGCAUUUACUUAUCUCUCUAAUAUAUAUUGCCUUUUGUGACUUCUCACUCAAUUUAAGCAGGCUGCUUCUCUGCUGCUAGUGAUCGUCCAAAUCAAUACCGUGAUUCCUCUAGUCAACCAAUGCUCUUUGUUUAAUUGAAAGAGGUUGCGUAUGAUUCAUGGAGAUUUAGAUCUCUAGUGCCAUAUAACAAAUACAAUAACUGGCUCUGCAAUGUGCCAUUUAGAUAUGCAUAGAACAAAUGAAGUAUUUAUUUUAUAUUUUAUUAAUUUUGCUUUUUGUUAAGAAUUAUAGAGCAAAAUUUUAUGAAAUUGCAAAAAUUCAAGUGAUGGUUGAAGUUACUCUAAUUAGGGGUAGUGGGAGCCAAUAUAAGUUUCAAUGCCUGUGAAUAGGUCAUAUGCUGACUGAAAUGCUUGACAUAUAUUCUUAAAUAUACUGGUUAAAGGCCUUGAUAUAUAAGUACAGUCCUCUGCCAUACGAAGGCCAUAUAAUUUAAACUUUUUGUAUGUAUAAAAAAUGAAUCUAGGUGCUUUGUAUUUUCAUAGCUUGCUAUGUACCAAAGAUGAGAUUAUGAACUUAAUUUUGCAAUGAUUGCUUUUCUGAUAUCUGUGAUAUUUCAAUAUAAGUAUUUUUAUUAGUUACAGAUAGGAUAGCACAUGCACAGAAGCAUUUAUAUAUUUAGUUAUUUUUUCCAUGUUUGUAUGUAUAUGCAAUCUGACCAUGAGCUAAAUGACUCUUAUUUUUCAGUGCAGAUAUUUUCAGUGUUCCUUUUCACUCAAAGGAGCAAAGUAACAAGAUUAUAAUUCUGUAAUAUUUAUACACUUGACCACUUUAUGUAAGUGCACCCAAGAUGUUAAAACCUUAAAAGAAAUCCUAUUAAUAAAGCCCUUCUCCUUUGAAAAUCCUUUCUUCCAUUCCUUAUCUAGAAUUUUAUCAAUUAAUUUUGGGAUCUGAGCCCCUGUAAUAUAUUAAAGUACUUGACAACUUUAAAAGGCAUUAUUUUUUCUUUUUUUUAGUGGAAAAAAAAUUGUAUUUUACCUUACUUUAAUCUUGCUGUAUUACAUUUUUAAAAUGUAAUUGUGAUAUAGGAGAAAAUAAUUUUAUAUAAUUGUUUUCGUGUAUGCUCACUCAUGAAUCCUACAAAGUGGUAACUAAACAAAAUUCUGGUUACUUUACAGAGGUGGGCAAUCCCCUUCUCAUGGCUCUCAUGUGGCAUUUCCUUUCAUUAUCAUCUCUAAGUCUACAAAAUUUUAAGCAUGCUUUAAGUGUAUUUAGGUUUAUGCAUGGAGACCAUCAUUAGUACACUUAAAAAUAGACCCCUCUGUAUCAUAACUUGAAGAAAAUGUCGCAUGCUGUCUAUGGGUUGUAGGGUGUCCCAAACUUCUUUAUGCUCACCAUUCAUAUCUUGUGAAAUAAUGGUUUUUUGUACAAGGACUUUGCAGUUUGCUACCUUCUUCACAGAAGUAUUAUGCCACAAGUGACUACUUACCUUACUGUAUGCGAGUUGUACCAAUAAUCGAAGUGUAAUAAUGCAAAAACGACUUGGUUACUAAUGUAUUAUUAAAGCUGUGCCUUUAAUUUGUACUACUAUAUUAUUUGAAGAUCAUAGUUUUUACCUUAGUAGCCUUGUUUUUCAAAAGCCAUGCGUAUCAUUUAAAAAAAAGUGUGUAACUUUUAUUUCAGUAAAUGUUUUGGCUGCUUCUGGCAUGAUGGUGCAAGUCUUUUUCUUCAGCUAAUGUGAAUUGUGGAGUACAAUAUUGCUCUCCUUACUAGUCCUAUAGCCAUUAAUGUAAAUCAGGGUUGUCAUGUGUCACAGAAUCAAUAUAUGAAUCUAGCUAA